AUGUCAAAUAGCCCCAACAGUCCCACCGUGCGUCUACAAGAAGACCACGAAGGUCUCCAAGUCGUACCAGACGAUGACUGCAACGCCCGAUCCGAAGAAUCACCCAUGGACAAAGAUAUAAAAUUCCAACCGUAUUCCGCGGGAGCUGCAUACGGUGGCACCUUGAACGUCAGUGAACCCGGUUAUAAUGUCCCUCUAGGGCUGGAAUCACCUCCUCCGGCUUUCCACCUCAUAAAUGAAUAUAAAAUCAGUAAUAAUAAUACCCUUACCUAUCGAAGAUUCACCACCUCCCGAAAGCCUCAAACAGAAACUUCCUCGACCUCCUCAUCAACAGGAACAACAAUCUCAUCCGCGGCCCCCUCAACCACUUCCCCCGUCGGACAAACCUGCGUCAACGGCACCGGACCAGGAAACUACCUCGGCCUCUGCAACUUCUCCUGCAACUUCGGCUAUUGUCCCUCUCCCUGCACCUGUCUCCAAUUCUCUACCACCGCUAUCCCCGCUCCUCCUAUCACCAACACCCCGGGAUUUCCCCUACCGGGCGAAAAUGCAGAUUAUACCGGUUUAUGCAGUUUUACAUGUAAUCAUGGAUAUUGUCCCGAAGGGGCUUGUACUACUGAUUCCUCUGCAGCUGGAGGUAGAAAUUCGUCGGUUACUACGGCUGCUGCUGUGGUUUCGACGCCUAGUUCGGGUUCUUCGUCGUUGCCGGGUUCGAGUGUGGAGUUGUUGACUUUGACGCCGCCGACUAGUACGGUGGUGGUUACGUUGUUGGGGUCGGUGACUAGUACGGUUGUUGUGGGGCCGAGUUCGACGGGUUAG